AUGGUUGACUUUUGGGUUUUUGUGGAGGAUAUGGGAUUGGUAGAUGUGUCUUGUGUCGGAGGAAAAUAUACUUGGUUUAAGGAUAACGGGAAGGCGAUGAGUAGACUUGACAGGUUUCUGUGUUCGAGGAAGAUGAUUGAGGAAUGGGGAGUGGUGGAUCAAAGCAUUGAAAAAAGAGACAUAUCGGAUCACACACCCAUUCGAUUGCGGUUAGGUGUGGUUGAUUGGGGCCCUAAACCUUUCCGGUUUAACAAUGUGUGGUUGAAAGCGAGUCUUGGAGUGUGGAACAAGGAGGUAUUCGGGUGGUUGGAUCUAAAACUCAAAGAGGAGGUGGAUAGUCUUAAUGUCUUGGAUAACUCUUUAAUGGAGAACUUGGGAGAUCAUGUGGAAGAAUUGGUUAAUAGUAGGCGGGAAGUUUCGAAGGAGCUAUGGCAUUAUUUAAACUUGAAAGAGAGUAUGCUUAGAUUAAAAUCUAGGCAACUUUGGUUAAAAGAGGGAGACAAGAAUUCUAGGUUUUUUCACAACUCUAUCAAGGAUAAACAAAGGAAAAAUUCUAUUUCUUCGCUAGAAAGAAGGAACGGAAGAGUGCAGGGAGUGGCAAACAUCAAGAAGGAGGUUCAUAUUUAUUUUCUAGAGUUUUUCAAAGAAGAGGAUAAUGAAAGACCUUUACCGGAUCUCUUGGAUAUUAACCGGUUGAAAGAGGAUGAAGCCUUGUGGUUGGAGAGGCCGUUUUCGGAGGAAGAAAUUAGAGAAGUCGCGUGGGCGUGUGAUGGCAAUAAGAGUCCCGGCCGGAUGGAUUUACUUUGGAUUUUUUCAAAGAUUCUAGCUAAACUUUUGGCGGCUAGAUUCAAGUGUGUUAUAGGAAAUCUUGUUUCUAGUAACCAAACCGCAUUCGUAUCGAGAAGGAGUAUUUCAGAUGGAGUUCUCGUGGUAAAUGAAGUCUUGUAUCUUGCCAAAAGGGUCAAUCCAGUACAAAUAUUACUCCUAACGUUUAUACCUAUGUGA